AGGACUAUCAAUGUUGCAGAAAGCUAAGGAUAUGGCUUGCAUAAUUAACGCAACCUUCGCAAGAUAUAAGCCCCAUUUAAUCAUGCUUCUAUCUCAGAUUGGUUAUGCAAUCGUGUAUUUCUUUACUGAAGCUGCCUUCGGUCAAGGACUGAAUCCACAUAUCUAUAUCACUUAUCGAUGUUGCCUAGCUGGUUGUCUGAUUUCUCCUUUUGCCUAUUUUCUUGAAAGAAAAUCAAGACCAAAGCAUACAUUGCCACUGUUAUUGGAGUUAUUUUUGCUUUCUCUCAUAGGAAACUGCUUAACCCUUAACAUGAACUUUGCAAGUUUGAAAUACACUUCUCCAGCAUUUGUAGCAUCUCUUUUCAACACUAUUCCUUCCUGGACUUUUGUACUUGCCAUCAUAUUCAGGAUGGAGGUUGUUGAUGUGAAGAACCCUCGUGGGAUAGCUAAAAUCCUUGGAACCUUAAUAUCAUUGGCAGGGGUAACGGCCAUCACUUUGUACAAAGGACCUGCAGUGCAAAGCUUGUGGGGUGCUCCAAUUCACAUAAAAAGACUUUCUGUUCAUGAGAACUGGGUGAAAGGAUCAUUCCUUGCUGUUUUUAGCUGCAUAACAUGGGCUGUAUGGUACAUUAUGCAGGCAACUACUUUGAAGAAAUAUCCUGCGCAAGUGUCACUAGCAGCAUGGACGAACUGUAUUGGAGGAGCACAAUCGGCUGUGUUUGCAGUGUUCUUACAACACAAGCCAUCGGCAUGGUCAAUCGAAAUGUUCAGUGUUAAUUUCUGGUCCAUUACGUAUUCUGGAAUAUGCUCUGCUGUUUUUGUCUUCCUUCAACUUUGGUGCAUAAAAGAGAAAGGACCAGUCUUUGUGGCCAUGUUUAAUUCUCUCCAAACAGUUAUGGUGGUGGUUCUAGCAUACUUUGUUCUUGGAGAAAAACUAUAUAGCGGCAGCAUAAUAGGUGGAGUUCUUGUUAUCAUUGGUCUAUACUUGCUAUUGUGGGGCAAGGAAAAAGAUCAGUCUUUCGUUAAGAGCCAAGAGCAAUCUUCUUCACUUUGUGAUGAGAUGAAGAUAGCUGACAAGGAGGAGGUAGCUUCAGCCAAAAAAGAGGAACCAUGAAGGAAAUAAAAAGAAUUUCAGAUAAAAAAGGAAGAUCAGAUGCCGUAGCAAACAAUAUUUAUAAGUUGCAUGCAAUAAUCAAACUGUUAAGUUAUAUGAAGCUCGGUCAUCAAUGUAUAUAAGUUGCAUGCUAUAAAUAUAUAUAAGUUGCGUGCAAUAAUCAAACUGU